CCAAAUCGCGGUAUUCGCCAUUUGCGUGUGACUUUGCGUCAACAGAGAGAAAAUAAAUACCAGAUUUUUCAAAGAAGGAAAGUGAUAGGACAGUCCUCGUCUGCCGUUAUUUAAAAGAAUAGCUACUAAGAGUUAACGUCAACACACAGGCAUAUAGACAAUGGGUUGCAUCGUCGGCUCGCUAGCGGGCACAGUUGCCUGUUGUUUCUGUGGCUCAGCCUGCAGCCUGUGUUGUUCUUGUUGCCCGUCAUGUGCCAACUCGGCCGUUACCAGGAUUGCCUAUGCAGUCCUGCUCCUCCUUGGUACUAUCGUGUCCUGUAUAUUCCUGGCCCCAGGGCUGCGGGGAGCCUUGGAUAAGAUACCUGCAUUAUGUAGUCCAGCUCUUAUAGGAACAGGAUCAGUGUUGGACAAAACAACGUGUGAUGGUAUCGUGGGAUACCUCUCCGUUUAUCGGGUAUGUUUCGGAAUGGUGUGCUUCUUCUUCUUGUUCACGUUAAUCAUGAUAAACGUGAAGACGUCGAAUGAUCCAAGAUCCAAGAUACAAAAUGGAUUUUGGUUCUUCAAGUACCUGAUCGUGAUCGGCAUUAUCGUUGGUGCAUUCUUCAUCCCGGCUGGAGCAUUUGGAACAGUGUGGAUGUGGUUUGGUAUGGUAGGGGCUUUCUUCUUCAUCCUCAUCCAACUUGUCUUGCUGGUGGACUUUGCACAUGCCUGGAACGAAAAAUGGAUCGGAAACUAUGAGGAAUCUGAAAACAAAAUGUGGUAUGGAGGUCUUCUGUUCUUCACCAUUCUAUUCUACCUACUCAGCAUCACGUGCGUUGUCCUCUUCUACGUGUUCUACACCCAACCAGACGGCUGUUCGCUCAACAAAUUCUUCAUCAGCUUCAAUUUGAUUCUGUGCAUCAUCGCGUCGAUCGUGUCGGUCCUCCCCAAGAUCCAGGAAGUCAAUCCCCACUCUGGUCUCCUCCAAUCGUCAAUCAUUACAAUCUAUGUGAUGUACUUGACGUGGUCGUCCAUGACGAAUCAACCAGAUCGAAGAUGCAACCCCAGUUUGGCUUCGAUCAUUAAUCCUGGUCAAAUGAGAAACAUAACAAACUCUACCGCAAACCCUAAUGGUGAAAAUUUCAAAUUUGAAUUCGACUAUCAGAGUGUGAUGGGCUUAGUAAUAUGGUUCAUUGCUGUUCUUUACUCGAGCAUCCGAUCAAGCACCCACAGCCAGGCGGGGAAGAUCACGAUGCACGGUGCGGAGAAAACCGUCAUCGACGGGGAGACAACAUCUGAGGAGGUGAUUUUGAGAGAAAAAGGUUAUGGUAACGUAGGCUCCAAGGAUGCGGACAGCGAGGCUGCCGACAAUAAAGUGGUUGACGACGAGGAGGAAUGCGUGAAAUACAGCUAUUCUUUCUUCCACUUCAUGUUUAUGCUGGCGUCGUUCUACGUCAUGAUGACGCUCACAAACUGGUACAAGCCGAGUUCCGACUUCAAGACGCUGAACGCCAACCUGCCAUCAGUCUGGGUCAAGAUCGUCUCCAGCUGGCUGUGCAUGGUCAUCUACAUCUGGACCCUCAUCGCCCCGGCCGUGCUCACCGACCGUGAGUUCGACUGACUAGAGCAGGACCGCUACAGACAUAUUGAUGGGGAAAUGCUGUAGUGAUGGACUUGAGAGCAAAAUCUAGGGCCGGUUAUUCAAAACAAUGGGAUUUUUAGUGUUAGUGCGUAGUUUUCGUAACAUCUUGCUAAAAACGACCGAUUUAACUCAAAGAUAUUUAAAUUGAUGUUUGGAAUAACUCUACCCUGAAUGCUGUAGUGAUGGAAUUCGGAAGAGAAAUUUGGCCAAUGAUUCAUGGAGCAGAUCACAGGUGCUUGAAGAUAGGAGAAUCAUAUCGAUCGUUCAGUCACAAGUUAAUGGAUGAACAUAAUCAGAAUAAUUCUAAACAUAUUACUCUUAUGUCAAAGUUUUACAUGUAAACAUGUUUUCUGUAGCUGAUCGAUCACUGAUUAAUUUGUUGAUUCUGAUAUCCUCACACGCCUGUGACACAUCCGGGACCUCAUGAUGUAAUGGAAAUCGGAGAGAAUAUCCUGUGAUCUGCAUGGAGAAUGUAUAUAGACACUUUCCUGUACAAAAUUAGUAGUACAUGUGUUCAUAGGUGUGUCAUUGCAGACUGUUUAUUAACCCUUGCACAACUGUACCCGGUAUACGAGGUCCGUACACUGCGUACCACUGGCCCGCAAUAAUCGUCACCAGCCUGAAGUUGGCUUCUUAUUCCUCAUUCCCUAUUCCCUAAAUUUUCCCUAUCACAGUCCCUUUAAGUCUUGGGUUAGUUACGCCUGAAAGAACAAGAUGGCAGCACUGCAUUCAGUUCAAUGCACACCUCGUGCCUAAGAGUGUGUAAUGCUAGCUUUUUUACAAUGAAACUUUUUCUUAGCCAUGUUGGGAUCCAGGGGUACGGUACUCUUCAACACCCCUGCGAUAGCGAAAGUGACUUGGCGUACCUGUUUCUUUUGUGAGAGCAUUCAGCGCAAGUGUAAAACUAUUUCUGGACUCGGAGCACCAGCCCUUCUUGCUACCACGUAGAAAAUCACAAAAUUUACAAUUGUGUUAGAGUAAGAGUAAAAUUUGUUUAAAUGGCUAUAUGUGUAAAACAUGCACAUCAUCAACAUAGUUUAGUGUAAUCAACUCUCUAUAGAUGUAACUUAUAAUCAUUGUGACAUAGUGUAUAUAUGUUUUAUUCACCGUCAGCAGUGAUAUUCUUGGUACCAAAAUUUGUCUGCCGUCGAUUUUAAAUCCAGUUGUAACUAUAUAUAUAUGUACUUUGAAAGUUGGAUUGAGGGACUGAAGAUUUUCAUUAAAUUUAAAUACGAUUUAUUCUGUUUUUUUUCACCGUUUUGUUGCAAGUCCAUUUUGUACGUUAAUGAACACAAUAUUGUCCCUUUAUCUUUGUAUACCUACCCUUGGAGUAAUAGAAAUAUUUUAAGGCACAUGGGCUUGUUAAAGGGGAAACUUUGUCUUCUUAAAGGGACAACAUUGACAUUAAUUGAACCACAAAAAACUGCGCCAUUUUAGAGAAAAAAUUUCGGGGGAGGGGGUUUAUGUUAUCACUUCUUGUAACCUGGUUGGUAACAGGCCAGCUAUAAUAAGCAUGGAAGUCUCAUUUUAUAUAAUUUCUGGAAAAUUUCUUUGUUUAUCAUCGUGAGGUAAUUUAUGUUAUUGUGCUUGAUAUCAUAAUAAAUACGUUGGUAAAAACUA